CACAUGCAGCUCUAUCAGAUGAGCUCAGAGAGACGAGCUGAAGCGUCUGCUCUGAUACACCACAAGAGACAAACAACAGAAAAACUACUUUCAAAAACUUCUCAUUUAUAUUAACAACAACAGGCUCAGUCAUGACUAUAGACGCGCCAGUGAUUUUAUCCGCACUUUUCUUCACAAUUAUUGCCAUUAUAGUUGCGUCGGCGCUUCUGGGGAGGAAAUCUUCGCCAAAGAAAGAGCGACACGAGGAGAGACCCGACCGAGAGGUUACUGAGUCCAGAGAGGAGAUACCUCCUGCUCCAGUGAAGACUGAAGAGAAAAUACCUCCUGCUCCGGUGAAGAUUGAGGAGAAAAUACCUCCUGCUCCGGUGAAGACUGAAACUGUUCAGCAAACACCUGUCCAGACAGCGGUAGACACUGAGCUGAGAAAUGAGGAACCUGUUCCAGUCCUCCCUGGUAUUGAGAAGAUUGGUGUUGUGGAUGAAGCCUCUCCUCCAGUGGAACCUGAAAUCAUCCCUGUGCAGCAGACACCUGCUCAGGCAGCCCUAAAGCCAGACCUUGUCCCUGAGGUUGUUGAACCCACACCAGUAAAUGAGCCCACCCCUCUGGCACCUGAGCCAGCGCCUGAGCAAGAAUUACCAAUCCUUAAACCAGAGACAAUAACCCCAUUGGCUGAAACAAUCGAAGAGGUGGAAGUCCCUGAGCCAGAAUCCGUGCCCGUCCUUGAAUCUGUCCCCCUCCCUGAGCCAGAAUCCGUGCCCGUCCUUGAAUCUGUCCCCCUCCCUGAGUUAGAACCUGUUCCCCUCCUCGAAUCUGUGCCUGUCCCUAAACUAGAAUCUGUGCCAUCACUAGAACCUGAAUCUGAGCCUGAACCUGUGCCUGAACCAGAAACUGCACCCGUCCGUGAACCAGAAACUGUGCCUGUCCCUGAAUCUGUGCCAGUCCCUGAACCAGAAUCGGUGGCCUUCCCUGAAUCUGCCCACGAACCAAAAUCUGUUCAUGCCCCUGAAUCUGCACCCGACCCUGAACCAAAAUCUGCAUCUGUGCCAGUUCCUGAACCGGAAUCUACGCCUGCCCUUGAACCUGAACCUGAAUCUACCCCUGAACUGGAAUCUAAGCCUGCCCUUGAACCUGAACCUGAAUCUACCCCUGAACAGGAAUCUGCCCCUGAACAGGAAUCUGCAUCUGCCCCAGAGGCCUCUCCAGUAGCAGAGACCGUUCCAGAGAUCCUAGAGCUUAAUGAUGUUGCAGCUGCCUCACAGGAAGAUGAGAGCGAGACUCCCGCAGUCGUGCCUGUUAAGAAGAGGACGACCAAGUUUGAGGGGAGAAUGUCCAAAGAAGAGAUGGAGGAGGAACAAAGGAUAGAGUUCACAAGUGACUUUACUUCUCUUUAAACAACAGUUUCAGACCAAUGAGUUGCUGAGUAAAGCUCAAACCAGAAUGUUUGGGAAGAGUCGCCCCCCAUAAACCGAAGCUUCAGGACCUUUGCAGAGUGCUGACUUUUAUUGACUGUCUCCAAAAUGUGUUUUUAUGGAAAAUAAGCAUCGCUCAUCAGUCUUUUUGUACAUGUUGUAGAUCUGCCUGUGAAUAGUCGACUUUGUCGAGAAAAUUGCCAAAGAGUCUAAAUCAAUAAUUUAAACCUGUUUGGUUUGUGUUUUGUCAAAUUUCUUAGGGCCACCAGAGAAUUCUAUUGAAACCAAGUUUUUCAUCUGAGAUUUACUUUAAGUUAACUUAAAUAUUUAAUGUCCCUUACAAAUAUAUAUAAUAUGGAGGAAGUAUUGGUAUACCACCAGUUUGCUGUUGUUUUUGUUUUUCAUUUUCUUUGUCUGGUGAGUUGAUUGUAUGAAAUCAAACUCAUUGUUUCUGUUUUGAGCACCAGUGUUAUCUGGAUGUAAUGUAUGCUACAGAUAUUGUGACCAUCAUGUACUUCAAAAUAUCCGGCACGCCCCCUUGUGGACAAACAAAGAUGUGACAUCAUAGACAGAGAGAAAUGUGUUGAUUGUGGAGUCAUAAGUACUUGAUGAAAUAGAUGAAGAUUGUGGAUUUUGUUGAUUGUUAUGUUCAUAAAUGGAAAGUAAUUUGACUGAAUCUCACAAAAAUAUAACCAGGUCAUUCUACCCCAUUAAAUUAAUGUCCCAUUGAAAAAAUAUAUUUUACAAUUAUUUUUGUAUAACCUUUGGUCAGAAACAUUUCUUUGGUAACACUACAGUAAGGCUAUAUUUUUUAACAUUAAUAAAUGCAUUACUUAUCAGAUCUACAGUAUUUAUUCAUGUUUAAUCAUGAUGCAGAAGUGUCCAGUUUCUUGAUAAUUUCAGAAUUUAGUGAUACAUUUUUCAGAUUAAAAGUUUUAAAAUGGUUACGUUAGUUAAUGCACAUUUAACAAACAUGGACAGUAUUGACAUUAGAGUAAUGCAUGAUGAAAAACUGUUUUGUUUAUUGUUAGUUCAUGUAAGCUAAUGCAUUAUUAAUAUAAACAAAUGCAUCCUUAUUGUAAAGUGUUACAGUUUCUUUUUUUUGCCAUCAUGAUUAUUCUCAAUAGUUAUUCUAAUUUCUGCAAUACAAUGUUUUUUUCUCUAAAAUUAACAUUUACAUUUACAGUGAGUAAAUUACGUGAUUUACAUAUAAUGUCAAUAUAAGAAAUAAGGAAAGAAAAAGAAGCUGGAGUACAGAUCCUGAAGCCAAGAUGAUAGAUUAAGAGGAUUUUCCUUAAUAAAAGGGAUUUAUUUAUAGGAAGUGUUUUGGUUGUGGUAUAAGUGAAUUGCUAAUGGAGGUUUGUCUUCAAGUGUUUCAUCAUGGUUGUGUGAUCGGGUGAAGUGGGCUUGUAGAAGCUCGAUCUAGAAGAACAGAGGGAUUAUUUUAACUUUGAAAGGGACUUUGUAUGUCACUGUGAGUGAACCAUUAGUUAAUGUCAGGAUGAAACAAACAGGAGACGUGUGGCAUGAGAGUUCUUUCUAUAUCAAGACCCUGAAUGCCUGAACUGUCUUUUGCAUUUUUUCAUGAAGGUCACUGUUGUCAUAAAUAAAAGAUCAAUAAAGAGCCAGACUGUAUAGA